AUGGCUAGGACCAAGCUGCCUAUUGAGUUAAUCAUUCGGAUCGCAGACUUUCUUGAACCUGCCGCAUGUUACUGCUUUCUUCGGGCUUUUGACGGUCUUGAUGAACUUCUCCUGCCCGAUGUUUUCACGAGAAAGGCACGGCCAAGUGGAGAUACACUUGUACACCUUGCCGCGAGUAAGGGCGAUGAGUGUCUUUUACAAACUAUCCUUGCGAGGAGGUCGAAUGUCCAAACACGAAAUAAGCAUGGGGUUACCCCUUUGGCUUGCGCUGCACGACGAGGGCAUCAGACAGUUGUGAAGCAGCUCAUCGCUGCUGGCGCAAAAGUUGAUGAGCUCGAUAAUCGUGGGUUGACUGCUCUUCACUGUGCAGCUUACCAUGGAUCAGAUAUGGUAGUUCAGCUUCUUCUUGACGCCGGUGCCGAUAUUUCAACAAAAACGCCGUGCCAUCGCACCGCCCUCCAUAUGGCUGCAAGGAAUGGCCAUAAUUCGACCGUAUCAUUACUUUUGGAGAAAGGUCGUUGGCUUCAGGAUAUAACUGAUACAUAUAAUGGAGCCUUGGACCUAGCAGCAGAAUACGGUCGCACAGCCGUGGUUCAACAGCUUAUCGAAGCUGGCUUUCAGGUUUCAGACAAGACACUGCAAGUUGCUGUCUCAUCAGGUCGAGCGAAGAUAGUCAAGAUCCUUCUUUCUCAGAGGAGUUUCCCGGAGCAUAUAAGGCGUGCUGAACUAUUUCGGUCGGUGGAGCUAGGGUUACCUUCGGUAGUGAGGUUGCUUGUUGGAACGGGCCUAGUCGUCACAGGCAACGACAUUGGGCUAGCCAGGGCAACAGGCUGUUCUGGCAGUAUCAGAAUGCUUCGUCUUAUUCGUCAUAUGGCAGUCGACUUUUGCAACCAAAUUGAGUCCAGAUUCGCAAUGCUAGACAGUGCAGCCCAAGGGGGUCAUGGUACUUUCGUUCAAUAUCUUGCGGAUUUAGCAUGGUUGACACCCGAGCUGUGCAAGCACGCACUCCAAGUUGCAACUCGGGCAGGCCAUUCUGCCGUGGUUAAAUCUAUUCUUGCCUGUGGUCUUCAGGUUGAUGAAAAAGACAAAAGAAGCGCCCUUAAAUAUGCGUCUAGCAAAGGCGACCUAGCGAUUGUGGACUUGCUCCUAGAUCCUGGGGCACAAUUCGAUCGUUUGGCACUCUAUCCUGCUGUCUGUGAAGGACAGUUCGGGAGGGUUCGGACCAUCCUUCAAUCUGGUAUCAAUACUUCUACACCUGACUGGGACACUGAUAUUUUAUUGAGGGAGUCCUUGUGGAAGGGUGCCGAGUCCGGUUAUACUUCCAUAGUAGAGCUACUCCUGAGCGUAGGAGUCGCACCAGACGUCUUUCGCUAUGGCAAAACCAAGCCAUCUGCACUCUACCGAGCAUCGGCGAGAGGUCAUGGGGAUGUGGUCGAUAUACUCGUCAGAGCCGGGGCCGAUAUUUCUCGCGAAUACUAUCAUCAACAGUCUCCAUUGUUUCCCACAGACAAGCAUGGAUAUACGGCACUCCACAGCGCUUCUAGAUCUGGACAUGGCCAUGUGAUUGACUACCUCAUAAGAUCUGGAGCACCGGUUUCCUUCCAAGGUGAAGAGGGCUUCACCGCACUACAUGCUGCAGCACGAAGUGGCCGUGCUAGUGCGGUCAAGGUCCUUAUUCAUGCUGGCGCAGAUCUCUCGAUCCAAGCCAAUUCAGGUGCUACAUCUCUUCAUUAUGCCGUGCAAUAUAAUUAUCCAGAGGUGGUCAAGCUACUUCUCGAUGCCGGAGCUAAUCCGACAGCCCUGGACCAUGAAGGAAAGUCCGCCCUGAAUCGGGCGGUUGAGUUUCAAAACGCUGAAGUGAUUGCCCACUUCGCCGCAGCAGAGAUUGUACAGUAA